CGAAUUUCAUGAAGUUUUUUCUGAAGGUUUAGGAAAAUUUAAUAAAGGCAAUAUCAAUCUAAAAUUAAAAGACACUUCAGUUACGCCUGAAUUUUUUAGAGCUCGUCCUAUUCCAUAUGCUCUACAAGAACUUGUUGAAACUGAAAUAAUCGUCUGCUUUCUCUAGGCAUCAUCUCUCCAGUGGAUUAUUGUAGAUGGGGGACUCCAGUAGUACCUGUGUUAAAGAAAAAUGGGUCUUUGAGGCUAUGUGGCGACUACAAGGUUACCAUUAACCCUUGUAUUGAAGUCGACCAAUACCCCCUUCCACGCAUUGAGGAUUUGUUUAGACGUCUACAAGGAGGAUCUCAGUUUUCGAAGAUGGACCUCUCUGAUGCAUAUCAACAAAUCUGCCUAGAUGAAGAAUCGAAAGAACUUACCACGAUUGUAACACAUAAGGGAUUGUUCAAAUAUAAUAGACUGACUUACGGAAUUUCCUCAGCACCUUCCAAAUUUAGAAAAUUGAUGGAAUCUUUACUAAGUGGUUUGGAAGGAGUAGUAGUAUUCCUGGAUGAUAUUCUAGUCACGGAUAUCUCGCAACAGGAGAAUCAUUUACAUCCCUCAGCUGCACUUUUCGGAUGGGAAUCAGUACAAUUUAUUAUAUAGUGAAAGAACUGGCUGAAGUAGUUUGGACUCUUUUGCAACCAUUAUAUGCCUG